CCUUCACACGCUGACAUGUGUUCCCGAUGCCCCGAUCCCCUUUCUCCUGUCCUUCUCCUCUCCGCUUACUCCAGAUUUGCUGCCACCGGAUGAGGUCCGGCUUGUACCGCUGCUGUAGGCACCCCCGCAACUCGAAUCACUGGUGCGGCCACAGGGUAACCGGCGGCUGGUUUGGCUCCUCGUAUGCCUCCUCUAUUUCCUGGGCCGGUAACAGAUGUGUAGCAGGGCCCGAGAAACCGCUGCGCAAGGAGGGAGGCGAGAUCGUCGAUCUGUACAUUGUCGUUAUUGUCGGCGUCCGUGCAGGUGAUGUGGGCGUGGAGCUCGUCUCCCGCAGCCAGCAUGGAAACAGCUUGAGUAUGAGGAUCCUGGCAACGUUGUCGUCCCCAAGCACGCGAGCCAGACGCCUCAUCGCUGUUCCCACUCGAGGCGGCCGAGUUGUGGUUAUCCUGGACAACAGCAGCAUUCUUCGACCUACAGACAGUACGCAUGCCCGGUGAUCCUCCUGAGGCUUGAGCCUGCAUCCGGCUACUAUGGAACAGGGCAAGGUUUACACCUUGGCUUCAGAUUCGGUUCUCGUGGAUGUACUUUGUAACCACUUUAUCCUUUCCCUUCCCUUUCUUUGGAAUAUAUGGAUUGAUUUAUCAUGCAUCCAUGAUCCAAAAAUUGGACGGGUGCUUACCUUCAAAAAAAUGAUCAGCACGACGA